AUGGCCGACCCCGAGAUGGACCAGUUCGCACAGACUCGCGGCGCCGAUGACCUAUUCGACGAUGAGAUUAUCCCGAUCUCCACAGAACAACACCAGGCGCAGACAGAGGUCGCUACCCCCGAGCCGGAGUCAGAGGUGCAGGAGGUACCUGUACCUGAGAAGCCAACUUCUGAGCAGCCAAUUCCACGUGGGGAGACUCCGCAGCGGGGCCGUGGCGGUGAACGAGGCCGGGGACGACGGGGUCGGGGUAAGGGAGGGCGCAGUGGACGGGAGUCGGAGCAAAAACGGUCAGAAAGCUCUCCGCGCAAAAAGACUCCUGUUAAUGCGCCGGCUGCCGAUUCGCGCGAGGCUGGGGCUUCGAAGUCGAAGCCCGAGAAGUCCGAGAAGCCCGUCGAAGCUAAAGAGCCUAAAGAGCAGACCGCUCCAGCCGAGGAGGGGAACAGUGAAGAUCUAUCUUCGAAUGGCGCUGAGGCUCAGCGUGUGCCGGCUGUUCGUGGUGAUCGGAGUGCCACUGGUGGCCUGAGAAAGCCUAAACUCACCGAAGAAGAACUCUCCAAACGCAUUGCCGCAGCCAAAGAGAACGCCGUAAAGAAAGCUGCGGCGCAUGCUCGCGCCGAAGCUGAUCAGGCGUCGUUCAUGGAGCGCGAGCAGGAAGCGGCGAAGAAACGGCGCGAGGAACUCGCGCACCGCCGGGUGAUGGAUAAUGAACGCGAGAAAAACAGACAGCGGAAACUCAAGGCCCAGACGGGGCGUGAGUGGGACUCGCAGAAACGCGAGGAAGAUUAUGAUCCCCGCGGUGGAGGCAGCCAGUUCCGACGCGGUAUGCAUGGCGGCGUGUCUGGCGCCGUGCGACGAGACUUUGAAGAUACCCGUACAGUAGAUGCUGCUGAUCACUCUGGGGGUAACCGGGGUCGUGGACGCGGUGGGCGAGGCGGUCGUGACCGUGGAUCUCCGCGUACCCCACAAGGAGAUCGGCCACGCAAGGGCCUAGCUGACAGUAUAUUUGCAACAGAGAGCCCUGCUGCACCGGGGUUGGAUGAUAAGAGUGCAUUCCCGGCUCUGCCCGAGGCACCCAAGAAGACUGAGACGAAGAAGACUGAAGCCAAGAAACCUGAGACAAAGAAGCCUGAGACAAAGAAGCCUGAGACAAAGAAGCCUGAGACUAAACCUGCACCCACGCCGGAGCCCAAGGUUAAGACUGAGACUAAAGUCGAGCCUGAAACCGAAACAUCUCCUGCAGUAUCCAAGUCACAAACGGCAAUGGACAAGUUGGACUCUACGUUUUCACCCAUUACUGGUACUUGGGCAGACCAGUUUGAGGAUGAGUGA